AAUCUUUCGGGCAGAGAACUACGUCAGUCUAAGCCUGAACCGCUGUAUAACAAUCGACACAACGCGCGCACCUGUUCCUCGACCGUUCGACUACAAAACUGCUUAAAAUUGGUCUUCCUGAUGGCGAACAUCAGCCAGGCUCUGAAUAACGACGGCAGAAACGCGACAUUCCCUUAUGAGGAAGGGCCAUAUACCACAGUUUUCAUCGUCCUUUUAUUCUUCCUUAUCAUUGCCACAGUACUGACCAACUCAGCCGUGUUCUUCGCUGUAUAUACCUUUCGCGGCCUGCGUACUGUAACAAACUGUUUCGUUAUUUCGUUAGCAUCGGCAGACCUAGCCGUUGCUUUGAUAUCCAUGCCUACUUGGCUGAUGCAAGGCCUUCUUCAGCUACAAGAAGACGAGGGGAUUGUUUUUCAUAUGAGUACUGUCUGGGUUGAAUUAUUUUGCUGUUCAGCUUCCAUUUUCAACGCCACACUAGUUUCCAUCGAUCGGUAUUUAGCCAUCAAUAAACCCCUUCGAUACCGAGAGAUGGUCACGCGUCGCCGAGCGAACAAAUCUAUAAUUGCAGUCUGGAUUCUAUCUUUUCUCGUCGCUGCAAUAUCCUACCUUCAAUUCAAAGGCAACGAGUAUAUUUAUGGCAUUGCGAUAUUUUUGUUCAUCACGAUAUUCUGCAUUCCUCUGUGCAUAAUGUGUUUUUCCUAUAUCAGUAUUUACCGUGCCGCUGUAGCACAGUUAUCGAAGAUGUCCUGUAAUGGCCACAUGUUAUCGAUGGGAGAAGAAGAAAAGAAGAAAUUCCUUAAUGCCGAACGGCGGAAGAGGUUUUAUAAAGAACUGCGCAUCACCAAAACAUUGGCUAUCACAGUCAGCCUUUUCGCUAUCGCAUGGGCGCCAUAUCUUAUCAUGAUUAUCAUAGAAACUUUCUACCAAGACAUCGUAAUUCCUUUCGCCUUUGAAGCAGUGGCGCUAUGGAUUCCAUUCAUCAACUCGUUUGCUAACCCUUUGAUCUACACAGGAAUCAACAAGGACUUCCGAAAAGCUUUAAAAAAACUGCUAUGUAGUAACCGUUCGAUCUGCUAUUGCGCGCAGAAAGAUGACACCGAGCGCAGCAGAGGAAACGCCUUCCUCUCCCUGGCAGGCUCGCUACAUGGAGACGAGACCGCUACAACAUCCUUUAACAGGACGAGCAACUCUCGAAGACAGGAAAUGCAGUGUACGUCACUCUAGUUGCCUUUUUACUGGCUUCAAUGCUUCGUUAAGAAAUAUCUACGCGAUUAUAGCCGGUCCGCUGCGUUGCCAGAGGGUAUUCACUAUAACUCGUCUCACUAGCUCUUCACUUGGUUCAAUUCAUAGACGUACAAGACAUUUCAAGACCACAGAUAUUUAUCCUGAGAAAAGACAUACUUUGAUAAGUACUGCUCCUCCAGAACAACAAAAAUCAUACUAAUUAAAUAUAGAUUAAACACGAUUUUCACUUCACUAGAGGAUAAAAUGACUUUUUUUGAACAAAACUCUCUUGUUUAUUUUCGACUCCGGACAAAAACAUUUUCCAAUUUUUCCCGUUUUUUUCUUUCCCUUUUUCUAAUGUCCUAUUUCUAUUGAACCUUGCGUCUUUUACCCUGAUACAAUGCAUGGCUGAUGUGAUGGCCUCCAGGGCCUUUACACGGACAUAUCGUGUUGACUAGAUCUACUCUAAUUUUGAAAAGAUCAUCUUCAAUAUCGAAAGUUCGUCAUGUUGAAGAAGCGCACGCGAUGUCAAGGAGAGCAAGAAUGAGCGAGACAGACUAACCGUCUCUCAUAAAUCGUAUCUUUAAUGUAAAAGGUGGCAAAYAUUUGCCAGUCCGGAAAGAUGAAUGAUCCCGAAAGAGAACAGAUGCUUUUGACAUAAAUCUACGUAAAGUUGAUAUCACCGCUGUAAUAUAUCUUCAACUGACCAUUUGUUCUGUCUCUUUUUGGUUGGGUUUAAGAUUGCGGUAAAGCUUGGAGUCUGGCUAUAAACACGAGACGACUUUAGAUCAGAUAUGUAACCAAAUUUCCUUUGCUAAGAAUACGUCGAACAAUGACUAAGAUUUUGAAUUAUUAUUUCAUCGUCUUUCCAAAAAUAAUAUUUUCCGUCUCUUGGAUUUAUGUGGCGCCUACGCUACAGCUUCAAAACUCUAGCAGGAAGAUUGCCUCAGAGAUGUUUUUGAACACGAGGUGAUCAACAUCGCUCGAGACUGCGUGUUAUUUUCUCUGUGGAACAAGUAAUUGGCGAUAGCCAAGAGAAAAAAUGUCAUGCUAAUUAGAACGAGAUUGAGUAGACGAAUUUCUGUCUUCAAAAAGAAAUACUAAUAUAGCUGGAGGGGAAAUGAAACUCUCGUUGCCAGACCYAAUAUACGAAUUAUUCAUCAUCAGUUGUAAUUAGAACGCUUCAAAGAGUUAUUGCUCAAAAAUCGACUUAAAAAAACAACGAAAAAAUGUAUAAAUCAAUGA